UCAGUUUCAUUUUCCGUUCUACCGACUGAGAAGUGAGAGCUAGACAUCGCGGCAGAAAAAGUAGUAGUUCAGUCUUUACUUGGCUGCGAUUUUACUUUACACGAAUUAAACAUAUAAACUACACGUCUUACAUUGAGGUCGAUUAGAGGAAGUGUGUGUUGUAUGCGGACAGGACGGCAGCAACACCACCCGAGAAGGUGUAAUUAUGGCCUCUGAAGUUACAUCGAGAGUCGAGUUGAAAGAGGCGGAGGAACUGGCGCUGUCUCUGAGUGAAGCCCUCAACAGCGGGGACGAACAGGAAGCGGUCCAACUGUGCCAGAGACUGUCACAACUGUCAGUUCCAGUGUGUGUCACGGUCCACAGUCAGGCCUACCCUCAGGACUCCAUAAGGUUGCGGGUUGGAGUGGAGGAUGCUCAGUCAGAUGCCUACAUCCCAGUGACUGUUGUGGUUUCUUGUGACAUGACAAUUGCACAACUUAAAGACAAGAUCAGCCAUGACUUUGGGUUCCUCCCCUCGCUGCAGCGUUGGGUGAUCGGGAAGCGGUUGGCCAAUGAUCGGGAGACGUUGUACAGCCACGGUAUCCGUCAGGACGGAGACCAGGCUUUCCUGUUCAUCCUCUCCGCCGAAGCUGCUCAUCUCACACGGCAGCAAUAUAAGCAGGACCAGGAGCAACAACGCAUAGAGGGCAUCGUGGAGUCAAUGCAACUUUUUCCCAGAGGGCUGGGCGGAGGUGGUGGUGAGAAGACUGCUCCUCCUCCAGAGACUCAACAUAUUCCUCCUCCUCCUCGUCCUAAACCUGCCGUGCCUCCUAAACCUCAGUUGGGCUGGGCCUGCGCUAUGUGUACGUUCUUGAACAAACCAACGCGUCCUGGCUGUGAGAUGUGUGGGGGGGACCGGCCAGAGGAUUACCAGGUGCCUGACAUCUACAAGCCAGACCAGGAGGAGGUUCUUCGAAUUCAGCAGGAACAACUGGCCAUGUUGCAGUACGAAGAGGCUCAGAAAGAGGAACGGGAGAGGAACUUCCUGCACUUGUUGGCAACAGAAGACCAAAACCUUAUCUCCAACACCACAGAGACGGACUGUCCCAUCUGCUUCUCUCCCCUGGAGCCGGAAGAGGGCAUUGUGCUCAGAGAGUGUCUACACACCUUCUGCAGGGAGUGUCUAAAAGGGACAAUAGUGAACAGUCAAGAUGCUGAGGUGUCCUGUCCUGAGAAAUGUGACAGCAAGCUACUGGAUCGAGAGAUCAAAGCGCUGCUCACAGAAGAGGAGCACCAGCGGUUUCUAGAGUUGUGUCUGAACAUUGCAGAAAGCCGCUCAGACCACAGCUUCCACUGUAAGACCCCCAACUGUCGAGGGUGGUGCAUCUACGAGGACGAAGUUAAUGAGUUCCACUGUGAACUCUGCAAUGAAACCAAUUGCAUUCUCUGCAGGGCCAUCCAUAAUGGCAUGAAUUGCAAGGACUACCAGGAUGACCUGCGCAUCCGAGCAGAGAACGACCAGGCGGCUCAGCAAACUAAGCAGAUGCUAGAGAGCAUGCUACAGAAUGGAGAGGCCAUGAAAUGUCCACGGUGUGACAUCAUCGUCCAGAAAAAAGAUGGCUGUGAUUGGAUCUGCUGUUUGAUGUGCAAGACAGAAAUCUGCUGGGUCACCAAACAAGCUCGCUGGGGGCCAAAUGGCAGUGGCGACACAUCUGGGGGCUGCAGAUGCAGAGUCAAUCAUCAACCUUGCCAUCCCAACUGCCAAAAUUGCCACUGAGGGAAGCACACUAAUGAACACACUGCUGCAAUCACAUGCAACAUCUGAUGAAACGCAGACCUUAGCCAAUGCUUGGGCCGUUAAUGCUUUCAAUGCUCUGUGUUCUUCACUUACUUUUAGCCUUGUUUUUAAUGGUAUAGUGACAAGCCACUGUACUUUGUUUGUGCAGUAGCAAUGUUGCAAUAUGAAUGCUAUACACAAAGCUAUGCAAACUGCCAGCGCUAUCUACUACAUCUCCACAGCUGAGGAUACUAUCUUGUCAAAAGUUGUGUGUGUGGAAAAAAAAAAGAGCUUUACUGGGAUCUUCUGCUAUAAAACUUUGCUGUCAGGAAUUAAUGCUUAGUAUACAUUUGACCGCCAGCUACUGCUUUCAUCACAAGUUUGAUGAGCCAGCAAUCCUAUUGCGUGAGCUUGAGUUUAAUUCAAAACUCGAUCGGAUAAACACACCAAAAUAUCCUUUCAAUCUUUUUAAACAAAAAUGCAAAAAAAGGCUUAUACUCAAAUACAGUAUAUAAAUAUGCUACCCCACAGCUAACAACUACAUAAAUAUUGUAUUCUUGUUUCUUUCCUGUGUUAUGGCUACAACUAAUUAACUACAACUAACAAUAAGAUUAAUUUACGAUUCGAUUUUUAUUUUUAACAACUCUAGUCAAUAUAACACAGGAACUACCAGUGAGUGUUACGAUUGCUGGAUAUUUUCCUGGAAGUGAUAUCUUCUUAAGUAAACUGACCAAAAUGUUUUUUGAAGUUGUAACCACUGUAUGUUUGCGGACUAAAAUAUUGAUUUAUUAUCAGUACUAUAAAAGCAAUAGAUUUUCUUUCAGUCGUCUAAUCAGGCUGUGGUGAAGGAUGUUUACGAUGAAUGAUUGUGUUCAUAAAGGAAAACAAGCUGCUCUGGAGCACUUUUCUCCAUAUUGCCUAAGUAAUGCUGUAUUUUGUGUCUUGUAUUCAGGACUAACUGUAGUUCUUCCCUCUUCUCAUUCUUCAAGAACUACAGUAAUGAAUGUGCUUUUACAUAUAAAAUAUAUUUUGUUUAUGUCCGGUA